GUGAUGUAGGUAGGUAGUUUACGUGCACGCAAUAUACCCUAAUUUCUUUUGGAGAACACACGAUAACAAACAUAAAUGAUGGCCUAACUCUUUGCGACACCCUCCGUCAAGUUCGAGCUCAACUCUUACUUUUCUCUACUUCAACGUCAAUCUUAUCAAAUAUCCGUUUUGGCAUAACCAACAACCAUCAUGCCAGGGGUUACUUUCAAAGUUCAUGCCGGAGCACUUCCGCGAGACGACUUGAAGCACCUUCAUAUGACGGGUUGUGUUCCGACGAUCUGUUUUCAAGGCGACCAGCGCUUUUCCUACUCGCUGUACAUUCCCGAAUCAGCCUAUCCUCCCACCCCACUACACCCCGAGAGAAUCAAGAUACCACUCGUUGUGGUGAUUCACGGUGGCAAAUCGGAUCAUAUCCGGGCCCGAAAUGCUUGGAUUGAGUAUGCAGACAAGCAUGGCGUUGCGAUCUUAGCACCAUUGUUCCCCCUUGGUGUUGCGAGUCAAUGGGACACCGAUGCCUACAGGUUUCUAGGCGCAGCACCUCAGCGCACCUUGCUGUCGAACACGAACGGUGACCAUGCACUUAAGAGACCUCAGGCAGAACGUCUCCUUUACGAUAGACUCCUUCUUUCUAUGAUCGAGGAGGUCGGCAUGCGCUGGUCCGGCCUCGACACUGAGAAGUUUUUCCUCGGCGGUUUCUCAGGCGGUGGCCAGUUCUCCCACCGCUUCCUUUAUCUGCAUCCAGAGCGGCUUCUCGGGGUAUGCAUUGGGGGUCCUGGCUUUAUCACACUCAUGGACUCAUCUCUUGAGUGGCCCCUUGGAAUUGGAGGAAUGGACCGUAUUUUUGAUAAGAGUAUCGACAAGAAGGCGAUCAGUCAAGUCCCAGUGCUGGUCGCCUGUGGACUUGACGAUGUCAGCAAGGACACUUUCAUUGUGAGAGAUCGUGUGCAUGGUGCCAUUGAAGGUUUAACCAUGGGCAGCAAGGGCGCAGAUCUACGAACAAACAAUGCAAAGGAUCUUGCCGAAAGCUUAGAAUCAGCUGGAUGUCAGGUCACUCUAGAAUACAUCCCUAACGUGGCACAUGAAAUGCCAAAAGUGCAACCAGCUAUGGGGGCGUUCCUAGCACCCCUUAUUGUUGAAAGACAGAAUAAGCUUAAUUAUAUAGAAUAA